AGUAAAAAAAAAAAAAAAAAAAAAAAUCUGGUAGCCAUGAAUUUCAGCUAGCUUGCCACCGACAACUGGUUGGUACACUUGAGUAAGUCCAUCCAUGUCAAGACACAAGAAGGAUUUUCGUAGUCCUACGCUGCUUCUGAGUACAUAUAGGGCCUCUCCAUCCCGCCUAUCGUCCUGCUGUGAAUCGGAUCUGGCUGGCUCACCGAAGAGACUGCAAGACGUUGGUGCAGAGCUUUUCCAGUUAACUUCAACAAAAGAGGAUUUCUAAAUACAGAUUUGUGCCAGAAGAUGAACGGCCUGUCCAUACGAGAGCUAUGCUGCCUCUUUUGCUGCCCCCCCUGUCCCAGCCGCAUUGCAGCCAAACUGGCCUUUCUCCCUCCAGAGCCCACUUAUGCUUUGCUCCCCGACCCAGAUCCUGGAUCUGGAGCAACAACCGUGUCUGCAGCCAACUCUGGAGCUGCUCCCCCGUCACUCGGAGCGCCGGGACUGCGUUCGCGGCUGGGUAAUGCCAGUGGAUCAGACAGAGGAGGCGGUGGAGGAGGUGGCGGUGGUAGUGGCGGUGGAGGAGGAGGAGGAGGCGGCAGCAGUAGUGGCGGUGCUGCCACCACCAGCAGCAGUAUCAGUGGGCCCGAAGGCAGGUGGAAGUUGCACCUCACAGAAAGAGCCGAGUUCCAGUAUUCACAGAGAGAACUGGAUGUGACCGACGUGUUCCUGACCAGAUCUAGCCGAGGGAAUAGGGUUGGAUGCAUGUACAUACGCUGUGCUCCCAAUGCCAGGUUCACAGUGUUGUUCUCACAUGGCAACGCCGUAGACCUGGGUCAGAUGAGCAGCUUCUACAUUGGCUUAGGCACCCGCAUCAACUGCAACAUCUUCUCCUACGACUACUCAGGCUAUGGUGUUAGUACCGGCAAACCAUCUGAGAAGAACCUUUACGCAGACAUCGAUGCUGCGUGGCACGCCCUGCGCUCUCGGUAUGGCAUCAGCCCUGAAAAUAUCAUCCUGUAUGGACAGAGCAUUGGCACAGUGCCCACAGUAGAUUUAGCAUCAAGGUUCGAGUGCGCUGCAGUGGUCCUUCAUUCUCCUCUCACCUCUGGCAUGAGGGUGGCCUUCCCUGACACAAAGAAAACUUACUGCUUUGAUGCGUUCCCCAACAUCGAGAAGGUUUCAAAGAUCCCAUCUCCAGUGCUCAUCAUUCACGGUACAGAAGACGAGGUGAUCGACUUCUCCCACGGCCUCGCCCUGUUCGAGCGCUGUCCCAAGGCCGUCGAGCCCCUGUGGGUGGAGGGGGCCGGCCACAACGACAUCGAGCUUUACAGUCAGUACUUGGAGAGGCUACGGCGUUUCAUCAACCAGGACCUGGCUGCGCAGCACGCCUGAGAAACAAGCAGCCUCUACGUGUUUGUAUCUAUGACACUGUGUAUGUGCGUGUGGAAGCAUGUUUGCAAUGAACGCGUGAAUGAUUUUGGUCACAUCUGUGUGUCUUUAAAGCAGCACACCUACAGGUUCAACACAAACACGACCUACGUUGUGUUUCCUGUUUUUAAAGGUGACAAAAAAUUUUUAAAACGUCAUUAGCUUUAUACAUUUGUACAGUGUUGGUGAAACACUACAGAACAGACAAAGUCAUUUCAGAGCUGCAGUGUCGUAGGACGACCUGGAAUUGCAGCUUCAAAACACGUCGACUUAAUUCAAUUGAUAAGUGCAAGAUUUUUUGUCCACAAAGGCACACAGAUGUAAGUCUGAAGUGGUGUUGGUGAGUAUGGGGUGAUUGUGUGUGUGUGUUCAAACUUCUCUGGAUCUGUGUGCACACAUUGGUAUGCGUGAGUGAAUGUGUGUAGAAAUGAAGGACAUCCUGAUGACUUGGAAACCUAGAGUAGUGGAAGGCUAAUGAGGACAUCAAUAUUGAUGUUUCUUUUUGUUUCUUUUUUGUUUUUUAAUCAUGUAAUUUGUGUAUAAUGAAGAAUACCUCCACAGUUUGACUAGUUCUCUUUUCCAGUGGACAAAUACUGAUCAAGCAUGUACCCCUCCCCCUUCCAUUACUUGUUUACCUUUUUAAUGAAUAUUAAUCUGACUGCCAGGGCAUUCCCAAGUUUUUCUCCAGCUAACACUAACCUACUUAAUGUGUGGUUUGGGGUGAUCUGUCUCCAGUCCUCUUGUUGUAGCCUGAAAUCUUUUCACAGCUUGCAUGGCUGCAGAGUGUCUCAUACUUUCCCUCAUUAUUAAUUCUCAAAAGGCCAACUUCCAUGUCUUUUCCAGUCCUAAACUUUCCACUAAGUAGCAGAAACAGGUUUCAAGUUUCAGGGAAUAAAUUAGAUUUCCCAUUCAGAAAAAAAGAAAAAAAAAUUAAUUUCCUCGGUUUUUAAGUGCAAGUCUGCCCUGUCAUUUAAUCAUGUAAACCCAGAGAGGGCGCGCCGAAAGAUUUAAAGAGAUGUUUGCAGACACUCCAGGAAGUGGCUGCUUCUGAACAAGAAGCGGUAAAGAACGUAGCACCUCAUUAGACCGCAAUGAGGUGACGCAGCAGAGUGGUUGCUGUGUUUAAAAGGUGAUGGCAACUGAAUUUAUAAUGAUGUGUGAGUUAUUUAAUGUUCUUGUUUAUUGGGUGGAAUGGAACAAAAUGCAACUUUGUCACUUUUUUUCUUUAAAAAAAAAGAACUUGGGGAAUAGAUUUGCAUUUAUUUUGGAUUUUCUUUAAUCGACACAAACUUUAAAUACAUCCUUACUGAUAUUUGGAUAUAUGUCUCAUAGUAAGUCGAAGGCCAGCCACUCAGGGUUUAGACACACAGGACGACCUGGAAUUGCAGCUUCAAAACACGUCGACACGUCGUUAACAUGUUUGUGACAGAAUCCUGCCUGAAUAUCUAAACACAGAUCCAGCUUUUAAAGAUAGUCCAGUAGGUUUUCACUGAGACUUAGUUCCAACAUAUUCCAAAAGCUUGAUGUUGGUCUGCUUUAUCAACUUAAAAACCAGUUUCUAUUUAUAUUUGGGAUCAUCGUUCCUGUUGAAAACCCAGUCAUGUAUCUGUUGGUUUGUGUUGAGUAAUUUGGAGGCAGUCCUUAAUCUCUUUUUUUAUUGUUCCUGUACUGCUGCCGACAGAAUUGACCUCUCAGCAUGAUGCUGCCACCACCCUUUUUUGGUUAAAUAGUUUUGUGUUUGAAAGCCUCACCGACAUACUUGUAUCUUCUCAUUGUCUCCUCUGACCAUAAAUCGUUUCUCCAUAAAACCUUUGGCUUGACUUUGUGGCCAACUGCAGACUUCAAGUUUUGGAGCAGUUCUUUCUUGCUCUGCUGCCUCUCAGUCCUCCCUGAUAUUAAACUCGGUUCACUGGACAUUGAUACUGGUGUUUCAGCAGCUUCCACACCCCAGUGAAUUUCCUUUCAUCCACAGCUGACAGCUUGGAGCAGACAAACUAAUUAAAUUUGAAGUUUUGCAAAUAUUCAGUCAGAAUAUUUAGCCAGAACUUGCUAAGACAUUUAUCCAAAGCAUAAGGACAUAUUUGAGCAACUAAUGUUUUGUGAUUUGAAAAAGUGAAGUUGUGUUGUAUAAUCCUUCCACCCUGAGAAAAUGGUUCAGAUUCAUAAUUAAAAGUCUAAAAUAAAUCAGAAAAUCAUGCAUUGUAGUUGUCAUGUAAACGCCUGAAUGGCACUGUAAAUGUUUUCAUUUUUGGAGAGAGCCAUUUUUUUCUUUAUUUUCUUUGCUAAACUUUGCUGGAAACUGAUCAGCUGCCUCUUGAGAGGGACGCCUGUGUCUUUGUGUUUGAGAAUUGAAACAACAUAUUAAAUGUUUUAGCCUUCAGUCAGAAGCGGGGCUAAAGUUGAGACCAUUGGAGCUUGAUGCUUUGAUAAAAGUUGACUCCAACAGCUGCUGUCUGCUCCAACAAACCAACAUGAAUUGCAUCCAUUUUCAUUCCGAUGUCGUGCGUAACCUGAAUUUUGCUGGUUAGCAUUCAUCCGUUUCUAGCUGCCGCCGCAGCACAUUCGCUAGGCGAAUUUUAGCUUUGAUGUAAUUUUUCCUGAGUUGUUUGUUUUUAUAAUCAUACUUCAUGAUGUUGGGACUAAUAAUGUGAUUCAGAUCAGGUGCCAGAAUGGAAUAUAGUUUCCUGUACCUUCCUGUUUGUGUUUCCAUCUCUGGCCCUAAAUGUACAGAAGCUCUUCUUGUGGCUGGCAGCACACCACAAUGUCUGACACAAGCCAUACUUGAGCCUCGUCACUGUUGGUGUGGUGCAGGUUCCACCACACGUACGCACACACACCUUUGCACAUCGACAUGCAUACACAAACACACACACACUAUAUGUAUUUACACAUUUAUAUAUAUAUAUAUAUAUAUAUAUCUGAUCUAGCAUGAAAAAGCAGGUCUUAAGUUCAGCACUAUUGUAUAAAGCAUCCAAAGUGUAACAAGGGUAUAAAAUGUACGUCUGUGUCUUUUCAUUAUCAUUGACUGAGUUCUAAAGGAGAAAGCAUCACAGAUACAUGUUUUCCUGGGUGAAGAAGUACUAACAGGUCCCGUGUGCAGACCUGCUGUAGUACAAGGUGUUUGCUGCACAGGAGAUCCAUCAAUUUCAGUGAUUGUGGCCGCAUUGUAUCAAAGGGAACAUUUAUUAACCGGCGCUGACCUGAUUGCUCCAUUUUGGGAGUGCAAGUGGGUCUCGGGAAGCAGCAGAAGACAUUUUCUGAACCACCACUCACCUCCUGUCUGCUCGAACAGGGAUAUUUCUCUUUUCUUUUUCUUCCGUUCUCAUCCUGUGCUUUGCGUUUGUGAUAUUUGAAUAAUAGAAAUCUGUUACAUUCUCAAACUCAGACACUGAGUCAUCAGAAGAAUUUGAGAGCGAGUAAAAGAAUCUCUCCCUCUCUCUCUGGAAGUAAAAUUUGUCCUCAGUUUUCGACCGGGAUGGGGAAACCAGGGAGACCUCACUGGUUUGGAGAAUCUUGGUUGGAAACGUACCGUUUAUUGAUGCACCACUAUGGUUGAUAUAUUGUAUCCUUUGGCCUUGAAUGUUCAUUGAUUGGGGUGGGUGGGAGUGAGGGCGGGGGGAUAAGCAGUUAAAACUGUAUGCAUGUCUGUUGUGUUUUGCAGAGCAAAUGAUGGGAUGGAGCAUAAUCUUGUGUUGUCAAUGUGAGGAUAAAGGUGAAUUCAUGGCGUUGAAACAUUAAAACUCCAAAAAAGAAAAAAAAAAAAGGACGUUUAUCUGAAUUUUUUUAAUGCUGAUACUAACUGAUGUAAUGUUUUUUUUUUGUGUGUGUGUGCUAGAGAUUGACCGGGUCCGAUGUUGGGGUGGGAGGGAUGUAGAACCUAUUAGUAGACUGUUUAUAUGGUUACUGUACUUACCUGUUCUUUUCUUUGUAUUAUAAUUUGUAAUUUUAUGUUGCUUUUUUUGAACUGAAAAUCUGAUGUAAUGAACUGAAUUCAUGGGACUGAAUCUUGACCUUUUUAUGGACAACAAAAUAAAAUCACUUACAUACAAAAACA